AGAGUAAAAAUAAUGGUAAAGAUGAUCUGUGAAAGUGCAUGGGUUGUCCUUCCAUAUUCAGAAUUGAAUGCAGUACUCAGAUUUGCCCUUUCCUUUCCUUUCCUUUCCUUUCCUUUCCUUUCCUUUCCUUUCCUUUCUAGGUCUAUGGAAAUGCAGGAUCUAGCCAGCCCACAUAACCGUCUGAGUGGUAGUAGUGAAUCUCCUAAUGGUCCAAAAAUUGAUAAUUCUCACAUAAAUAAUAAUUCCAUGACACCCAAUGGCACAGAAGUUAAAACAGAGCCAAUGAGCGGUAGUGAGAUUGCUACUACAACAGCAGACGGUUCUUUAGACAGUUUCUCAGGAUCAGCAAUUGGAAGCAGUGGCUUCAGCCCAAGACAAACUCACCCAUUUCCCCCGCCACAGAUAUACCCUUCCAACAGACCAUACCCACAUAUUCUUCCUACGCCUUCUUCACAAACUAUGGCUACAUAUGGGCAGACGCAGUUUACCACAGGGAUGCAACAAGCUACUGCUUAUUCAACUUACCCACAGCCUGGUCAGCCCUAUGGAAUCCCAUCAUAUGGCAUCAAGACAGAAGGUGGAUUGUCACAAACACAGGCACCUGGGCAGACAGGCUUUCUGAGUUAUGGCACAACAUUCGGUACUCCCCAGCCAGGACAGGCUCCAUACAGUUACCAGAUGCAAGGGAGCAGUUUCACAACAUCAUCUGGAAUAUAUGCUGGAAAUAACUCGCUUACAAAUUCCACUGGCUUUAAUAGUUCACAGCAGGAAUAUCCAUCUUACCCGAGCUUUGGCCAGGGUCAGUAUGCACAGUAUUACAACAGUUCUCCAUAUCCUUCACAUUAUAUGACAAGCAGCAACACCAGUCCAACGACUCCUUCUUCAAAUGCAACAUAUCAGCUUCAAGAACCACCAUCUGGCAUCACAAGUCAAGCAGUUACAGACCCUAUGACAGCCGAAUACAGUUCACUCCACAGCCCAACAACACCCAUUAAAGAUUCAGAAGCAGACAGGUUGCGUCGCAGCUCAGAUGGUAAAUCACGUGGCCGAGGCAGAAGGAAUAAUAAUCCUUCACCACCACCUGACUCUGACUUGGAGCGAGUGUUCAUUUGGGAUUUGGAUGAGACAAUCAUCAUUUUCCAUUCUCUGCUUACGGGAUCCUAUGCUAAUAGAUAUGGGAGAGACCCACCUACUUCUGUUUCACUGGGACUGAGGAUGGAGGAGAUGAUUUUCAACUUGGCAGACACACAUCUAUUCUUUAAUGAUCUAGAAGAGUGUGACCAAGUUCAUAUUGAUGAUGUUUCAUCAGAUGACAAUGGUCAAGAUUUAAGCACCUAUAACUUCGGAACAGAUGGCUUCCCUGCAGCCGCUACCAGUGCUAAUUUAUGCUUAGCGACGGGUGUGCGUGGAGGAGUGGACUGGAUGAGAAAACUGGCCUUCCGAUAUAGAAGAGUAAAAGAAAUUUACAACACCUACAAAAAUAAUGUUGGAGGUCUUCUGGGUCCAGCAAAGAGAGAAGCUUGGUUGCAGCUUAGAGCAGAGAUUGAAGCCCUAACUGAUUCUUGGCUAACACUUGCACUGAAAGCACUCACACUGAUUCACUCUAGGACAAAUUGUGUGAAUAUUCUAGUGACGACUACUCAGCUUAUUCCAGCUCUGGCAAAAGUCUUGCUAUAUGGCUUAUGUGGAGUAUUUCCAAUAGAGAAUAUUUACAGUGCAACAAAAAUAGGAAAAGAAAGCUGUUUUGAGCGUAUAAUUCAAAGAUUUGGAAGGAAAGUAGUAUAUGUUGUUAUAGGAGAUGGUGUGGAAGAAGAACAAGGAGCAAAGAAGCAUGCCAUGCCAUUCUGGAGGAUCACAAGCCACUCUGACCUUAUGGCCCUUCAUCAUGCCUUGGAACUGGAGUACUUAUAG